UGUGUUUUGCUUUGGUUUUUUUGUUAUUGUUUCGGGUUAGUGGAGCAACUGAGCCCGUGAAGGAAAGCACGACUUUAUCGCUCGUGUUAUCGCUUAUCUUUAAAAAAGGACAGAAACACCUGUAUCUUGUAGAGAGACGGCUCGAUUCUACUCUUUAGAGAAGUUAGGGCGAUAAAAGGUGCAACAUAGCCUGCCUUUGUUUUGUGUAGUCAUGGAGAAGGCUUGGCAGGUUGAGUUCAGAAAUGUGGGCUGCAGUUACUUCCCCCAGAGCAGAGUGGAUUGCCACUACACAAUAAGUUCACAACACAAUUGGGCCAGCAGUGACUGGAUAGGGCUCUUCAAGGUUGGAUGGUCAUCAGUGAGAGAAUACCACACCUUUGUUUGGGCGCUGGCCCCGGCUGACUAUCAAGAGGGCACAGAUGUCAACUGCAGCGUGCACUUCCAGGCCUCCUACCUACCCAAGCCAAGUUCUCAAGAGUAUGAGUUUGUGUAUGUCGACACUAAGGGGGAAGUAUGCUCUCGCAGCUCCAUGUUCACUUUCUGCACUCCAAAACCUCUUGAGGAUUUGGUGACCCUGGAACAGGAGCCCCAUGGAGAAGAAGAAGGCACUGGCAUGUUGCUGGUAGUGCCUAGGGCUGAAUUGCUGCAGAGUCGACUGCAGGAAUGUUUGCGAGAGCGUGCAGAGCUGCUGCAGGUGCAGGAGGCUGCAAACAGACAGAAGGAGAAAGAGAAGGAGGAGCACAAGAGGGCGAGGGAGUCCUUGGACAGACGACGCAAAGAGCUGGAAAAUGAUAUCGCCAGGCUGCAGGAAGAGCUGUGGCGGAGUCAAGAGAAGAUCGGGGAGAUGGAAAGGAAGCAGAAGGAGGAGCGGGCUUUAGGAGAAUCACUGGCCCAGGAGAAAUGCACUUUACUGGAUGCGAGGGAGGAGAGCAAAGUGCGAAUCAAAGAGCUGGAGGAGGAUAUCAAAAUCCUGACACAAAGAACCGUGGAAAGAGAGACGGAGCUGGAAAGGAUGAAGGAGAGAGCUAGAAGGGCUGCAGCUCAGAGAAAAGAAGAGGAGAGUGAGAGAAAGAGCAUGCAGACCAAAUUGGAACAGACAGAGAGCGAACUAAGAAGUCUGUCCAAGGAGUUUCAGGGCCUGAGGACUUCACUGGCCCAGAGAGAUACAAGUGUCCUGCAGCUCCAAAGCACCAUCACCACCCUCACCCAGAAACUCACCACCGCACAUAGGAAAGAGGCCGAGAGCGAGGCAACUCUGAAGGACAUGCGUAGCCUGCGGGAGCGCCUGAAUGCCAGCGAGCGUGCUGCAGAGGGCUUGAAGAGCGAUCUCUGUGCCAUGGUAGCCCAGAGGGAUCACGGGCAGGCCGAACUGCAUCAGGCUCGUCUGCAGGCCGCCCAGCUCACCCUGCAGCUGGCAGACUCCAGUCUGGCCCUGAGAGAAGGAAGAGCCCGCUGGACCCAGGAGAGGCAGAGUCUGCAGCGCACUGCUGAGAAGGACCAUGAGCGUCUUGAGAUACUGAACACAGAGAUGCAGAGGAUGGAGGAGAGGCUGCAGGAGGAGACGAUGGAGAGGGUGAAGCUGGAGGUGGAGCUUGGAAGAGAACAGGAUUGCAACAGGGUUCAACUGAGCGAAACCCGCAGGGAGCUCCAGGAACUGAAGGCCAGCCUUAGGGUAGCACAAAAAGAGAAAGAGCAGCUGCAUGCAGAGAAACAGGAGUUGAUGGAGUACAUCUGUCAGCUGGAGCAGAAGAUGGGAACAGUGGCCGGUGCCAAGUGGAGCGCUGCCCCGCCCGCCUCUACAGGACGGCCUGGCAGUGCAUUAUCUGACUCCGAGGAUGAGAACCCUGAGGCCCUGCAGCCCCUCCGUCCACCCAGACCUCUGGGACACUACAGCCUGUGUGAGCAGGGUGAGCCAGACUCCCUGCUCCUCGCCACUCCUCCUCCCUCCCCCAGAGAGACUGAGAGAAGCACAGUGGUCAUCAACCAGCCAGCCCCGCUCUCCUCGCCACGCCAGGCCAGCACUGACACUCUGGCUCACAGCUCUGACUCGGAGGAGGAAUCUGAUCUGCGUCAGUGUGGAAGACACAGUUCUGGAGAGGAAACAGCGCUUUUGCUGCCUGACCAGGCAGACACUGUUCUCAGUGAUCUGGCCGACACUUCGCUAUGGUAACCGGUGGACAUCCAGCCACAGCCCCAGUGAGCGAUCAAAGACGGGGAGAAGGAGGAGGAGAAGUUGGACUUUUCUCCGAGUUAAUGUGCUUCCACAUUAUUUCCAUUAACAAGCACAUACACUCAUACAGACAAAGUUUUAAUAUGCAGUUAAUCUUUAUUUGCUUUCUGCUGUGGACCCUGGCUUUCCCUCCAAGACUGUUGUGUUGUUAUUUCCCCGACUGAGUGACACUAUGCUUGUGGCGGCAGGUCAACACCACGUUAAUGGCUGACAUAAGACGUUUGCACAGUUUGUAGGCUCGGGUUCUGGUGUUUGAGAGUUUGCAGACUGUAGCCGACGGAUUCCUGUUGAAUCAUUGCGACAUCGAGAGCUUUUUACGACGGAUGUUAUGUCGCUUUUAUGACAUUUGUGAUUAGGAGUCACGGCAGGCACUGUAAUUAUGAUGUUUUGUGCAGGGCUCCGGCACCACUGGAAGUCAGAGCAAAAACUCACCUCCAGCUUUCAAUUCUCCACAGCAGCUUUGAACACCGCUCAUGACAGCAUAACAUAAAUGAAACAGCGCCAUGGCUAGAGUUAUAUUGCAGCAAUAUAGGUCUAUGACAUCCUAUUUCUCCACCAUUUACUCAUGUACAGUAAGAUUUGAUAUGCACUUUCUUUUACGCAUUAGCGGGUGAUUGUUGUCGUGUCGACGCCGUUUAGGAGACGCGCUUUAAGACGGAGAAGCAAUGGAACUAGAGAGCUUAUUGAACAGAUUGUGUUUAAAGUCUAUUAAGAUAGAUGCCGGAUGCAACCUUCUACUUCAGUAACUUCACAUCAUCUUUGUUAUGAAAUAAAUGCUCAUAAGCUUUUCACUAUAGUUCAGCAGCACUUUUUACUCGCGUAUGAUCCUGGAUUAAAUAGAUAGCAAAAUGAAAUGGUAAUUUACAGGCUCGUCAUUUGGAUAUGCAGUGUUGUUACAGUUUAUAUCUUACCUCACAUCCGCACAGUUCUAAAUGUGUGCCUAAAAUAAUGAAAGAAAAACAAAAGUAAAAGAAUCAUCUUAACUGUCCUAACAUCCUGAUGUGGUGUUGGUGUUUUCCCCUUUGGUAAUAUACUGCCUAAUAAAAACUGCUGCAUACCUUUUAAUCAAUACUGUAUGCAUUUUUCAUGAUAUUCUAUUUAUAAUUAACUUGAGUUAUGCUGCAAUGAGACUAUAUUCAGGUUUUGAGUUUGUAAUAGGUGUUGGGUUUUUUCACACAACUGUGCAAUGUGUGACAAAAACUUUCCAUGCUUGGCUAAGAAGAUUUGCUAAACACUUUGAUGCUUGAUUUGAUCUGCUGUAUUUGCACCCUAUUUUUUACUAUAGAAGAGUUUUUAGAUGAAAAGUUGCUAUAUGGAUACUUUAUAGUGUGUAAGUCGUGUGUCCUUUCAUCCUCAUCUUAAUCAUUACCAUUGUGUGUUGUGUUUACGCAUAUGUCAUGUAAACUCAUUGUUUGUUUGAGUUACUCAGUUUGAACUCGUUUGAGGUUUUUAUUUGCCAGAUACCGGUGCUUAUGAGAAGGGAAUGACAGCAGAAUGUUGAGGAGGACGUCUGAUAAAGAAAUACAGUUGAAACACCUUCAGAUGAAAGAGGAUGAUUGAAGUACCACAGGAGAAGUAACUUCUAACCUCUCAUUGACCUUGUGUCACUGGGUAAAGUGGUGUUGCAAGUGCGCCUGGUAUUCUUUACUAGAGUGUAGAGCAUUAUAUGUAUUAUCCAUAGUCUUCGUUUGCGGUUAUAAUAUGACUUUAUGUCUUGAGGAAGAUUUUUUUUCUUGGUGUCCCACUGAGAGCUCCAGGAUACGGUCUCCCAUUGCAAUAAAACUCCAGUGGUUAUGGUUUGUUUUGAAGUUUUGUGUGUGAAGGUUACCCCCCCAUGUACGCCACCCUCCCCGUGUAUUUUCUUAUCAGUCGUGUAACAGGGGUUUGGGCGGGGUUCUGUAUAAUAAAAUGGUUUAUGUAUCCAUCA